AUGUACGUUCCCACGGACGAAUCCUACCAGCGAUGGAAAACGUUAGUCCCGUUCGUGUACGACUGGUUCAAUAACUUCAACGUCCCGUGGCCGUCGUUAGCCGUUCGAUGGGGAUCAGUCCUGGAAGAUAAACAGUACAAGUUUUCGCAGAGAGUGUACAUCACGGAACAAACCGGAGCGCACCCAGGCGCGGACGCGAAUACGAUUUUAAGCUACAACGUGGACGUGACGAAACCGAGAGUGGCGGCGGCGGAACACAUGCUGUUUGACGACGGCACGGACGGCGGCGGGUUCGCUUCGGCUGGUGCGAACGGUAUAGCGAACGGAGGAGAGAACGCGGGAGGCGGCGGGCCGAGAGUGUCGAACAUUAACCUCGGGUUCUUUAAGAAAGUGCACGCGAUUAUACAUCCCGGGGAAGUGAAUAACAUGCGCUCGUUUGGGAGUUUGAAUCCGGACGUGUUGGUGACGCACACGGAUUCGGAGGAGUUGUACGUGUGGGACGUGAAAAGACAGCCGGGGAGGUCGUUUAAAGAGUGUCGCGUGAGGAACGACGAUCCGAACUAUAAACCGAGCACGCCGGAUUUGAUUUUAAGCGGUCACACUGAGUUUGCCGAGUUUGCGUUGGACUGUCACGCGAAGGAGUACAAAGUGGCGAGUGGCGGGAGAGAUACGAACGUUUUGGUUUGGCAUUUGCCGGAUUUUAGCGCCAACGCGGCGGUGGAUAGUAGUAAUAGAAAUGGGAAAGUGACGACGAAUGAGAGCGGCGUAGAAGGUGUUCGACUUAACGCGCAAUACACAUUCAAAGGGCACACGGAUACGGUGGAAGACGUGGCGUUUCAUCCGACGGAUUCGAACAUUUUGUGUUCGGUAUCGGACGACACUAGGUUAUUGUUUUGGGACUCGCGGUGCGAUCACGGGAAACCGGUGAACGCGGUGAAAGCGAGCGAAGUCGACGUCCACGUGGUCGAUUGGAACGCGCUGAAUACGAAUUUAAUCGUGACUGGUGGUAAAGAUAAGAUUGUAAAAGUUUGGGAUUGGAGAAAGAUUGGGGAAUUUUCCUCGCCGAGGAAAGGCGGCAAAAAACAACAAGAAGGAGAAACCGCGUCGGAAAAAGAUAUGGUGAUUAUGAGUCACUCGCACGAAGGCGAAAUUCUUCGCGCGAGUUGGUCGCCGCACGAUGAAAAUGUCUUUGCGUCUGCCUCGGACGACGGGUGUUUGAACGUGUGGGACUUAUCUCGGAAGAAAGGAACGAAUAGUAGCGACGAAGAAGCAACCACGACGGCAAACGACAACGACAAACCUAAUACUGACGGCGCCACCGCUGGUGCCGAAAACGACAGCGGCGAAGGUGAUGAUGGAAAUACGAACAAACCGAAGAAGUCUCGUUUCGGCGAAGCUCCGCCGGAUGAACUUCUCUUCACGCACUCGGGGCACAGGAACCCUAUCACGGAUUUUCAGUGGAACCCUCACGAUCCGUGGACGGUAGUGAGCUCGGGAUCGGGCGCAAAUGUCGCGUCCACGUGCCAAUUUUGGCGCAUAUCCGAUCUCAUAACGCGUCCGAAAGAGGAAGUGAUGCAGGAACUGGAGAAACAUUCUGCGUAUAUAUGCGGGCGAGCGGCGAAACCGGCGGAAAGCGGCGACGAUACGGAGGAUACGGGCGACGACACUUCCGACGCCGGCGACGACCCGAAUACGAAAGAGGAGGACUUUGUGAAAAGAGAGGAAGAGAACAUGACGCGAAACCCGUCGUACGAAACCGCGCAGGAAGAGGCAUUUGAAGCGAUGGAUUUGUAG